AUGCAAUUACAGCGGGGCCUCGCGGUCGAUCCGAAUGGUGAUCCGAUGGCCAUGACCGAAGACGGGUUCCACUGCGCGUACCUUCGCUUACAUGCUGAUCUUUUCCAAGGCUCCAUCGAGACGCAGAAGGCUGCGCUCAAUGCCGCUUUGCCACAAGAGAUCGAGAUCCUGGGCGCCAAGUACGGCUUGCGACACGAAUUUGAGACGCACUACUGCGCGGUGUGCGAUCGCGCCGGACACCAGUGGGGCGCUUGCAGGAAGCCAGUUUCGACUCCGGCCACCGCCGCCCCUGUUCCGGGGGCCUCGACCUCGACUUCGACUUCGACCACCGGCUUCCGAGUUGCUGGAAAGAAUGGGAAGCACGGUGGGCCUGCCGCAUUGAACUCUCGUGUCUCUGGCGCAAACAUGAUCCAGCUGGGACCUCGUGCUAACCCCGCAGGUGCAGUAACUGCCAACAAGGACGACGCGAACGACGGCGACGACGAGUCGGUCGUUUCGACCGAACCGGAGGGCGGCGACACUGGGGAAGAGACGUCGACGCGUGCGACCCUGGGCUCAACAAAGGAGACGUAGACGACGACGGCGGCACCCGUUUCGACCCCGACCUCUCCUUCGCCUUUGUCCGGUGGCACGUCGGGAUCAUCGGCAACCUCGACAACCUCGAUAGCCUCGACGAGUCCUCAACGCCUUCGUUCGAGCUCGGCACCCAGCAACCGACAUGUCACCCGGGCGGGAUCCGCCAUGAUCCUCGGUGCAUCAGGGGGUCACAGGUCCAAGGUGACCGAAUUCGAGGGGGGCGGCGCUGAACUGAUUUAAUCAUGAUUGAGUCACUCACCGUGUUGACGUUCAACGUCCGAUCGAUGAAGAACGCAGUCAACCAAGUCAAAAUCAUCCGUUAUCUCAAAACCCUUCGGCCGGCCCCUGCGGCCAUCCUCCUGCAAGAGCACCACCUCAGCUACAACGCGUCGCGCAAAGGCUUCGAGAGUGCUUGGCCGGGGCUUGUAUUCGUUUCACUCCUCAUGUCCUUACCCUCAUACCCGAUGGCUCACCUUUGGCGGGCCAUCUCCUUUCCUCUACCCCGGUCGUCUUUGCAGGAGCUCCUCGUUUCGACGGUCGGAUUCUGCGCUCGGUGUUUCGUCUUGAGGAGCUCGAUGUCGAGAUCAUCAACAUGUACGCGCCGGUGCAGGAGGACGAUCGUCGCGACUUUUUCGGGCUUCUGCACUUCAGCGCCCCGAGACCCAAGAUUCUUCGGAUCUUGGCCAGCGAUCUCAACGAUUGUCCGGAUGUAUUGGUCGACCGAGUGUCCAUCACCGAUCGCGCUUGGACUCCUGUAUCGCACUGGCAGACCUUGCUGUCAAAGAUCGCGUUCAAGGCACUCGACACGGUCCGACAUGUCCAUUCUUGCACCCCUGCAUUCACUCGUCCUCACUACCGUGGUAGAGGGGAAGAGCGAAAGAUUUGCUCGUGGUCGCGGAUUGACUAUAUUCUUGUCCAAUGCAGUUGGGCGAACCGGUUGUUGAGCGCUUCUACGCUCUUCGAUGCGCCCUGUUCGGACCACAGACCUGUAGUUGCGACUUUCGCUUUGCCUACAUCGAACGCUGAUGCCGAACCCCCCUUUCUCUUCCCUCCACGAGCGAUUUCAUUUCAAGGCUCAACCCAAUGGUCUUUGACGAUCAAGACUUUGUCGCAUCGAUUCCCGGGGUCGUCGACGAGGUCUAUCGAAGGCUCGAGGGGACCGCUCCACUUGGCGAUGUCUAUGACGCCGCUCUGCGGGCGGUUGCAGUCGCUGGCCAUGCACGAUACCGCUCGACUUGUGCCGAGAGCCAAUCCGUCAUGGAGGCUUUGGAGGCACGCGGUGAGCACGUGAAUUGUGAAGAGUCCACUCUCAGCUCGACAGGGGCGCCUCGGUCGUUGCGCGCACUUGCUAGCCCGCCCCCCGGCGGUGGGGACUUAGACGCGCGCGACUGCCUCAGCGCGCCAGCGCCGGCGGAUUCAUGCGCGCGCCCGCUAGCCCGCCCCCUUGCGGUGGAGACUUAG